CACCCCCACUGAUCACAUACACAUUUGCCCCCCACUACCACCUACGGCCCCUCACUACCACCGCAUUUGACCCCCACUGCCAUUGGUCCUGCCGCCAUCUGGUCCCACCUGCCCCUCACUACUGGCAGCCUAGCCCGGCCCUCACUGCCACCAGCCCCGGUCCACACCUGCCACCAGCCCCAGUCCUCACACUACCACCGCCCACCACCGCCAGUUCCCACUACCGCCAGCCCCAGUCCUCACACUGCCACCGCCCCAGUCCCUCGCGCCACCACCCAGCCCCAUCCCCGCACUACCAGCAGCCCCUCGCUGCCACCAGCCUCAUCACUACCACCACCCCAGUCACCACACUGCCACCAGCCUACACUGCCACCCAGCCUCAUGCACUGCACCAGCCCCUCACUACCACCAGUCUCCUACUACCACCAGUCCCAGCACUCGCACUCGGCCCCCACUGCCACCAGCCAGUCCCCCACUACCACCAGCCCCAGUCCCCACACUACCACCAGCACCAGUCCCCACACCACCACCAGCCCCACCCCAGUCCCACACUACCACCAGCCCCUCACUACGACCAGCCCCUCACUGCCACCAGCCCCCUCACCACCACCAGCCCCAGUCCCCACACUACCACCAGCCCCUCACUACCACCAGCCCCUCACUACCACCAGCCCCAGUCCCCACACUACCACCAGCCCCCUCACUACCACCAGCCCCUCACUACCACCAGCCCCCUCACUGCCACCAGCCCCUCACCACCACCAGCCCCUCACUACCACCAGCCCCAGUCCACACUACCACCAGCCCCACCCCAGUCCCCACACUGCCACCAGCCCCAGUCCCCACACUGCCACCAGUCCCUCACCACCACCAGCCUCAGCCUCAGUCCUCACUGCCACCAGUCCCACACUACCACCAGUCCCCUCACUACCACCAGCCCCAGUCCUCACUACCACCAGCCUCAGCACUACCACCAGCCCCCUCACCACCACCAGCCCCCUCACUACCACCAGCCUCAGCACUACCACCGCACUGCGGAGCAUGCGUCACUACUGA